UUUCGGAGAACCACCACAGGAGUUUCCUGUCUGCGCCCCGUCUGAUAAAGGCAGCGACUGGAGCGCGCACAGGCGGUCUAUGUAGACGCGCUUCUGGAGAAGGGAGACAGCAUCUCAGCAGCCACUGACCUCAACACAGCAGUCAAAGAGCAUCAUGGGAGGAGCAGUGGUGGACGACGGGCCUCCUGGGGUGAAGGCACCAGACGGCGGCUGGGGUUGGGCGGUGUUGGCUGGCUGCUUCGUCAUCACUGGCUUCUCCUAUGCUUUUCCCAAGGCUGUCAGCGUCUUCUUCAAGGAGCUGAUCCGAGAGUUUGAUGUGGGCUACAGCGACACUGCUUGGAUCUCAUCAAUACUGCUCGCCAUGCUUUAUGGCACAGGCCCUCUGUGCAGUGUGUUGGUGAAUAGGUUUGGCUGUCGACCAGUGAUGAUGAUUGGAGGGCUCUUUGCCUCCCUGGGAAUGAUUCUGGCCUCCUUUGCCACCAGCAUCAUACACAUCUACCUCUGCACUGGAGUCAUUACAGGUCUGGGUCUGGCAUUGAACUUCCAGCCAUCUCUGAUAAUGCUGAAUCGCUAUUUCUGUGAGAAACGUCCUCUGGCCAAUGGCUUGGCGGCAGCGGGCAGCCCUGUGGCACUGUGCUGUCUCUCCCCACUGGGACAGAUUCUCCAGUACCAGUAUGGCUGGAGGGGGGGGUUUCUCAUUCUGGGAGGGAUGCUGCUCAAUUGCUGUGCCUGUGGUGCCCUCAUGAGGCCCUUGAUUCCCCCUAAGAAGCCCCAGGAGCUGGAGGAGAGCAAUGCCACAGCUGCAGAUGAGGAGAAGAAGCCCCAGAAAAAGAAAAAACUAUUGGAUUUCAGUGUGUUCAAGGACAGAGGUUUUGUCAUCUAUACCAUUGCAGCGUCUAUUAUGGUGCUGGGCUUGUUUGUGCCCCCUGUGUUUGUGGUCAACUAUGCUAAAGGCCUCGGCUAUGAGGACACUAAGUCGGCACUGCUGCUCACCAUCUUGGGAUUUGUUGAUAUGUUUGCUCGGCCCUUGUCAGGACUCAUAGCAGGCAUGAAGUGUGUACGGCCCAGAAGUGUCUACCUGUUCAGCUUCGCUAUAAUCUUCAAUGGGUGCACCGACAUCAUAGGAUCACAGGCAAAUGACUAUGCAGGUCUGGUGGUCUUCUGUAUCUUCUUUGGUAUGUCGUAUGGCAUGGUGGGAGCGCUACAGUUCGAGGUCCUCAUGGCUAUCGUAGGGACGGAGAGGUUCUCCAGCGCCAUUGGCCUAGUGCUGCUGAUAGAAGCUAUUGCUGUACUAGUGGGACCUCCUGGAGCAGGUCGCCUCUUGGAUGCCACCCAUCAGUACAUGUACGUCUUCCUGUUGGCGGGCUGCGAGGUCACGCUGUCGGCCUUUGUCAUUGCCCUGGGUAACUUCCUUUGCAUUAGCAGGAAGCAGGAAGAUCCAGAGGCUAAGAUGGAGAUGGCUGUGACUGCUACAGAGAUGGAGGGGCUGAACCGUGGGGUGGAAGAAGAGGAAAAUGAUGAAGGCAAAGAGGAGCCAAAGGGAAAAGAGAAUGGAAAAGCGGGGGAGGAGGUGAUGAUGGAGAAGGAGAUGGGGGAGGAGGGUGGAGAGGAAAACAUCGUUAUGAAGACUAGUAAUGAGAAAAGACAAACUGUGCACCAAGUGGACACAUAAAAAGUACUGAGAAUGAUCUGUGGCAAAUAGAUGGAGCGAGGAGCCACACAAAGUGAGGGGGAACAAAGUAGGGUAAGAAAAGGGGGCUGAUAUUGCCCUUUAAAUUAAAAUCACAGUUUGAUAUAAUGGAUACAAGGCGGAGAGGUUUCAUAAUUAAGAACUUUCAUCUGAAUUGAGUCUAUACAACAUGUUGAUCAGAUUCUGUACAUUACUGUUAACUUGGAGUUAAAUUAAGAGUUACCGUAUAGUCGAAAUACUGCAAAUACAGUAAUUCCUUUGGGCAUAAAAAUGGCCCACUUUACUGGCAACAAAUACCAGCUUUUCUGGGAAAGAUAACGUCUGAUCGGCUGUCUACUCAGACACACAUUGCAUUUAGAACAAAGAAAUUGAUUUCCAGUUUUUCUCAGCACCAUUUUUCUCAGACAGAUCCUGUUUUCACCAUUCAGGACUCAAGCUAUUCUACUUUCCAUUUCCCUAAUGAUUUCAAACAAGUUUACAAAAAACCUUCACUCAAGGUCCAUUUGCUUUUUUCUGGAGCUUUCAAACACAUCUCACAGCCUUUAUCACCAGAUGGGGUGUACUCAGUUGUCAAAGACUUGGUUCUGUUGUCAUCAUGUCAUCAACUGUAAGGGGUGGGGGGGUCUUGCUUCAGAGUGAACCAGAAGAGAUCUCAAGAUGUAGACUGUGAAGAGUCUGGCUAGAUGUUCUAACAGUGCAGUCAGGUAAGGGACUCCCCCUGAGGUUCCUGGUGGUCCCCAUUGAACAGAGACAGAAGGGGUUACAAUCCCCCUCCCAUUCAUAUACCACCACCUGUUAAAACGUGACAGAAGUUCCGUGCUUACGUCACAUGAUGACAACAAACUCCAUUCACUAAUAAGGACUGUGAGAUGCUGUUGAAAGCUCUGGAAAGCUAGUAAUUAGACCUUGUGUUAAGAAUAUUUUGUUUAUUGACUAUUGCUCCCAAGCUCAUGAAUGACGUUUCACACUCAAAUUUCAAACAAUGUACUUGUUUUUUGCACUCCUUUAUUUAUUGACAUUUUAUGUAACAACAGGACAACUCACAUUCAAAAACUGGUUUUAAAAAUAAACUUUAAUAUUUGGGGCACUCAACAUGCAGGAUACCGGAUCAAACUUGGAUUGUUAGUCUCAGUGCUGUGUACUGGUGCUGUAUGCUGAGUUAAUGUCCUAUGUUGUCUUUACUACUCUCUAAAGGUCUGCUUAAUGCUGCAACACUAGGACCUGCUGUGUUAUUUAUUGAUGUGAUGAUCUAUGUGCUCUAUGCCUUCUGUGUAUCUGUUCGAUCUAAUGCUCAACAGACUGACACUACAGAGCAAGCACAACUUGCUUUGGUGGAGAAAUGUAGCACACACCCACUGCACUUACAUUGCUAUUCUUCUGAAUGAUGUCCACAAAAGGUAUAUGAUGCCUAUUUUUUUCCAAAUAAAUAUAUUUUCUGUUGUGAAAAUUGA